UUUGCGCUCUGGCUUGCGCGCGCAGAGGCUGAGCCAGCCGGUCCUGGGGACACGCGACGGGAGCGCGGCGCCAGGAGGAGCCCGAGCGACAGCCCCGGGCCGGGACCGACUGCCCCCCUCUCCAGCCCCAAGACUCUCCCUGUGCCCCAGUCCCCGCCCCCUGAGCGGAGGAAGGGUCCCCAGGAUGCGGGUGGCCCAAGUGCCCUUUCCAGACAGAGCUAGCCGAGUGCCGUUAGUCUCUGCGGGGACCCUCUGCACCAAAGCCCCUCCUAGACAGUAGCACGACGCUCAGAAACCCAAGGCAGCCCAUGGAUCCACAGACACGAGCUCACGAGGAUGCCCCCACCCAGGCCCCGCAGCGCUUGUUAGGACAGCGACCUGUCGAAACCCCGUGUCCACAGACGGGAGCAGGAAUUACCAGCAUCCGAAUGCACCUCCACCUAGGACUCGGGCUCCUGCUGUGCACGCCCUGGCUGGGAUCCGGCCCGGGCCACCCCUGAAGCCUGAGCCGGAGCCUGUUCUCCCGAGAUGGACAUGCCCAGGGCGCCCUCUGGUGGGAUCCGGAGCUGAGCCUCUGUGCGCCUGAGCCAUGGCCACGGUCCUGACGCCGCGCCCCAAGCCCGGGAACCAGACCCUGUACGAGCACUACAGCUAUGUGGGCAAGCUGGAGGGCAGGCUGAAGGAGGCCCCCGAGGGCAGCAUGCUCACCACCGUGCUGUUCCUGAUCAUCUGCAGCCUCAUCGUGCUGGAGAACCUCAUGGUUCUCAUCGCCAUCUGGAAGAACAAUAAAUUCCACAAUCGCAUGUACUUCUUCAUCGGCAACCUGGCUCUCUGUGACCUGCUGGCCGGCAUCGCCUACAAGGUCAACAUUCUGAUGUCAGGCAAGAGGACGCUGAGCCUGUCUCCAACGGUCUGGUUCCUGCGGGAAGGCAGCAUGUUCGUGGCCCUCGGGGCGUCCACCUGCAGCUUGCUGGCCAUCGCGAUCGAGCGGCACUUGACUAUGAUCAAAAUGAGGCCGUACGACGCCAACAAGAAGCACCGUGUCUUCCUUCUGAUCGGGAUGUGCUGGCUCAUCGCCUUCUCGCUGGGCGCCUUGCCCAUCCUGGGCUGGAACUGCCUGCACGACCUCCCCGACUGCUCCACCAUCCUGCCCCUCUACUCCAAGAAGUACAUCGCCUUCUGCAUCAGCAUCUUCACGGCCAUCCUGGCCACCAUCGUGGUCUUGUACGCACGCAUCUACUUCCUGGUGAAGUCCAGCAGCCGCAGGGUGGCCAGCCCGCACAACUCGGAGCGCUCCAUGGCCCUGCUGCGGACCGUGGUCAUCGUGGUGAGCGUGUUCAUCGCCUGCUGGUCCCCGCUCUUCAUUCUCUUCCUCGUCGACGUGGCCUGCAGGGUGAAGCAGUGUGCCAUCCUGUUCAAGGCCCAGUGGUUCAUCGUGCUGGCCGUGCUGAACUCGGCCAUGAACCCCGUCAUCUACACGCUGGCCAGCAAGGAGAUGCGGCGGGCCUUCUUCCGGCUGGUCUGCACCUGCCUGGUCCGGGGCUGGGGUGCCCGCUCCUCGCCUGCCCAGCCUGCUCUCGAUCCCAGCAGAAGCAAGUCCAGCGGUAGCAACAACAGUAGCCCCUCGCCAAAGAGCAAGGAGGACUCUCUGCAGAGAGCCGCCUCAUCCUGCGUGACCGAUUGGAACAAAACGGUGCAGAAUGGGACCCUCCGUAAGUGAGAGCAGCGGCCUCCAGGAACGGGGAUCCUUACACAUCCGCGGGACAAGGGGUGCUCUGCUCACAGCCACGGUCUUAUUUAUUGCAUGCCUCAACCCGGGAGUUCCAGAGCUGGGGCUCGGGAAACCUAUUUGCCAAUAGCCUGCGUAGCAUGGACGGUCACUAAGGGGGGGACCCGAGGACUCGCCAGCUUAUUCCACGGUAGACAGCGUGCCUUGUCCGCUUCGGCUCCUGAGUCUUCCGAACGUCCCCGGCUGCUGAUGUGAUCUGCCUUCCCCCAAGUCCCAGCGGCCACUCUCCGUGGUGCCUGCAGAGGGGAGGUGGUGGUGGGCCACGCAACGUACGGCGUGCUUCCCCAGACGCCACAGUGAUGUUUGGGAACUUCACACUACAUUGUGCACAGCGUGGAUGCUGGUGUAUUCGUCACGUCUGGGCUACGGAGCACUUGGUUUCCAAUGUCUGCCAUCCAUACAUGGCUCCAGUGGGGGUACGUGGUGCAGUGUCCUGCUUGAACCACCAGGUGUAAGGACGUGGCUAGAAACCAGGUACACACUCCAGUCCCAGUCUCCUCAACUGACAUGAAGUCUCGUGUUCAGCAGGCUUUGCCUGAAUUCCCAGAAAGCGCUGCUCCCAGGUGGGGCUCAGGUGUGUGGGGCUGACCCAGAGAGGGCAGAGAACCAGAGAGCUUUGGGAGCGGCGUCCCUGCUUCUCCUCUGUCCUGUGUCCCUGUGGAGUCUUACACACAUCCAAAGCCCCGUUCCUACAGAUCCCAGAAAAGCCAGCCAGGGUCCUUCAGGAGGCUGUCCCUAGGCCAACCAGGAAAAUAACCCAUAUGAGCAGAGGACAGACACCCUAGCCGGAAGCUGGAGGCUGCAGUCUCUUUAACGUGAUGGAAAGUUUGUCCUGAAUUAGGAGAGGUUUACUUGAUCCUGUGUGGAGUCUGAUUCACUUUGAUCAGAGAAGCACCGAGUCAGUGACCCCAUGCUGUCCCCGUGGAGAAGCUGGGGCGGUCGGCAGCCCCCGCCCCCGCAAAGCUGACCCUGACCGUGCUGUGUCAGGAGCGCGUCUGGGAUCCGGCGGUUUGCGCAUUCUUCAAGGAAAUAUAAUGAUGCCGUAACCCCCCUUUUCAGUAUAGGUUGGCCAUGCGUCCCCGUUGGUAGGGAGUUACUUAGAAGGCGUUUCGGUGCACGCCUUCCCCAAGGAUUCCACCUGCAGGACAGACCGACGAGGAGAACGUGCACACGUCUGUAGAGAUCUCAUAACCACAGAGUUGACGUGCUCGGUACUUGGUAGAAGCAAAACAGAGCAACCUUCAGAAGGACUCCUACUUGGGCAAGCCCACAUCAGAGCCCCUGAGGUUUUCUGAUUUGCUGGAUGUUUCAGCUGAGUCAAGACUCAAGAGACGGCUCGAUAUGUUAGCUCUCUCUCGAGAAGUUGGCUCCUGCAUGCACGUCCCCCUGACGGAGGAACAUUCCUGUGGGUCCUGGGGGGUCUCCACAUACCCACCAAAGACUUCCCUCACUUUUGUUAUUGGUGAGAGAAGUCCUGUUUGUCAGCAGACGCUUGGCGUCGGCUUCCUCCCAUCACUGAAAAGAGCUUAUUUUCUACUCCAGUAGCGUGUCUGGAGAGUAAAGCCUGGAGAAAGGGAGGCAGUGUUUCGGAGCCACGACCUUGGGCAGCGCGUGCUCACGUAGUGAGCAAAGUGGCCGCAGGAUCCCUCCGCACUGGCCCUGAGGGGCGCCGGGGGCCCUGGGUCUCUGGUGUUAGUGUUAGUGACACUUGCCCCAUAACCCAGCUUCCCGUUGCAAGAACGCAGAACUUUCAAGCAGUCUGAGUGAGAAAUAUGCCAAAAGAGUAAUUGUGUUCGUUUGAGAGAUGCAGAAGAUGAUCAGCCCUAAUUCCGCUGUGUACGGUAUCCUCAGCAGGUGGUUGGGGGCGUGUAGGAGUUUCCAGGCCACAGAGGACUCGUGCAUUAGAUACCACUCGGUCAGUAACCUUUCCCUGCCCCGUGUGUGUUUGUUAACAAAAUAAAACCAAAAGCCUGCUUAUAAACCUGUCGCUGGGGGUCGGUGUGGGGGAUUGUUUGCACCAGAGCCCCUGGUGGUGUGCAGGGUGGCGGCCCAGGACGGAAGCCACUCUCGGAAGCCCACGACCGUCCCCGCUGCACGUCCCCCAGGCAUAGCUGGUGUCCAGGGAAGCUUCGGUGGCCAGGUUUCGGUAGGCCGGGCCAUUUUGAGGCGGUUGAACCCUUCAACAGGGAGAAAAUGAUGCGUCCUGGCUGAAAGAGACGGGCCGUUUGGUUCUGCUCCAUUUGCAACAGGAGGGAAGAGGUCAGAACCGGCCUGCUGCCCAGCAUCCUCGUCGACAGAGGGCAACUUCUAGUCUGUGUGUGUGUGCAGGUGUGUCCAUGUGUGUGUGCACGUGUGUGCGUGUGCGUGUCCACGCUGCAUGAGGCCUGCAUUGGGCAUAACUAGCCCAGGGCUGAUGCUCACGGAGAGAUCUCGCGGCACAGCCGAGGACCGCAGCCUGCAGCCACCGCCCCGCACUCUGCCCGACGCGACCAGGCAGACGCGACCGCGAAGCCCGCCAGGAAGGCUGCGGCCAGGCCAUCACUCUGACCCCCCACCCUCGGCAGAAGGGCGAGGCUCGGCAGGCGACGGCGGUGCAACAGGUCUGGGGGUAUCAGAGUACCUGCUCUCCAUGGGAAGGGUCCAAACGCCCCCCUCCCUCGUGAGGCAACACAAGAUCCAGCACCCAAGUGAGAGGCUUUUCACACAAUCCUUUAUUGCUCCCAGAGUUACACUGACAGUCGUCUGAACGGCUGACCGGAGGUUAUUCCGCGCUGGUGAAGAGCCUUUCGCACACAUGUAACUCGGUGCAUUUUAUAGAAAACGUCUAAUUGAAUUACCAAGUCCAUGCUUUGAAAUUGUAUCCACGAGGACAAAACCUCAACACCCGAAUGUUGUUAGUGUCUAAGUCAAAAUAUCAAAGGGUUUGCUACAUAGUCAGAAAUGCACACACCACUAUCCCGAAAAUGAAGGCACGUUUUCUGAUAACCAGUGAGAAGGAGACGUGUGGCAUGGCCCCAACGGGGUGACCCCGGGGGACGCCGCGCAGGGGUCUGUGCUCCGCGGUUGCCGGCGCGCAGGGCUCGGACCCGAAGCCACGUCACUUCCUAGGAGGGAGGGGGUGCACUGAGGGCAAGGGAGGCACGGGGGCCGCUCCCCUCCCUGCCGUGCUGGGGCCUCCCGUGUCCCCCACGCCGCUCAGGCGCUCCCAGCUUUCCCGGAACAGAGCUCAGAAAGCUCCAGAUUGGUUUGGUAACUCCACUGCCCAGAAUCCAAACGCCGUUGAGGCAUCAAAGCAGAGAAUGGUGAACUGGCGACACACCCAGACAGAGACCCUCACGGCAACCCUCGUUCGUUCCACAAAACUUAGUGGAAAACAAAACACAGAGCUCUCGGAUAAUAUUUAUCAAUAUAUAUAAUUUGCUAUCCAAAUGCUUUUUAAAAAGUAAUAAAUAU